ACAGCUCUGAAUUCUUCUGCGUUCUGAUCUUCCUAUCUGGCGUUAUCUAUCACAGAUUUUUUUCUUUCACCUUUUUUUUCUGCGUACGUAUUUACAAAGCGGGACUCACAAACGCAUCUCGACCACAACCACUUUUGUCGUCUCACCUGCACUUACGGUGGUCAGGAGAGGUACCGUAAAAUGGAUCAGGACAAAUACUUACCAGAGCUGUUGGCCGAAAAAGAUACCUUGGACCCAUCGUUUGUUCAUGCAAUUCGCCUUCUGGCAGAGGAAAUCGAGAAGUUUGAAGGGGAUGAACUACGGAAAGAUGGAGAAGUUAAAAAGUACCUGGAUGUCAUCAGCAACAAAAACAUUAAACUUUCUGAAAGAGUGCUCAUCCCAGUUCAGCAAUACCCAAAGUUUAAUUUUGUUGGGAAGCUACUGGGGCCCAGAGGCAAUUCCAUGAAAAGAUUACAAGAAGAAACAGGAGCAAAGAUGUCUAUUCUGGGCAAGGGCUCGAUGCGGGACAAGGGCAAGGAGGAAGAGCUGAGGAAAAGCGGGGAGGCCAAGUACGCCCAUUUGAGUAAUGAUCUCCAUGUUUUAAUUGAAGUCUUCGCUCCUCCCGGAGAAGCCUAUUCCCGGAUGAGCCAUGCCUUGGAGGAGAUUAAGAAAUUUCUGGUCCCGGACUAUAACGAUGAGAUCCGACAGGAGCAGCUGCGUGAGCUCUCCUACCUGAACGGAUCAGAAGACUCUGCUGGAAGAGGGAGGGCAGCACGAGGGCGUGGCCUGCGGCUGGCGUCAACGGCAACCACAAGGGGUCGAGGAGGAGCAGCACCCCCUCCACCUCCAGGUCGAGGGGCGGCCGCUCCAAGAGGCGCAGUGACCACACGCACCUCCCUCCCAGCGGCUACGCUAGCCCGAGGGGCCCCCACACCCAGGGCCAGGGGGGCCAGCACGUCCACGCCAGGCUACAGAGCCCCCCUCCUCCAAACCACACAGGAGUCCUACGACGACUACAGUUACGAUGAUGGCUACGACGGCGAAUAUGAUGACCAGAGUUAUGAUGCCUAUGAUGACACUUAUAGUAAUCAGUCAAAAAGCAUUUCUGAAUAUUAUGAAUAUGGCCAUGGGACCUCUGAAGAAUCCUACAACAACUAUGCAGAAGAGGACUGGACUACAACACGCCCCGCGCCUUUGAAAGCCCCGGCGCCCAGGCCUGCAAGACGGGGGUACAGAGAACAUCCAUAUGGUAGAUAUUGA